GUCAUGACUUAUUAUGUACAAGGCCAAAAAGAAAAAGACUCCCAACGUAAAUGGAGCAACAACCAUACACUGAAGAUGACAUGACCACUACUACCUCUCCGCUUGAAAAUACUACAACUACGACUGCCGGAAUCCACCAGAACUCCGAUGUUACUCGAGGCGGUGGAACACGACAUCCGGUCUACCGAGGUGUUAGGAAGCGGCGGUGGGGGAAAUGGGUGUCUGAAAUUCGAGAACCGAGGAAAAAAUCAAGAAUUUGGCUAGGGUCAUUCCCCGUGCCAGAAAUGGCCGCAAAAGCAUAUGAUGUCGCCGCCUAUUGUCUUAAAGGCUGCAAAGCUCAGCUGAAUUUUCCUGACGAAGUUGAGGACUUACCACGGCCGUCCACAUGUACGGCUAGAGAUAUUCAAGCAGCAGCAGCACAGGCAGCGCAUUCGAUGAUUGCUGUUAAAUCUAGCAACAUAACAAAUAGCGACGAGGGAGACGGCGACGGGGAAGGCGAUCCUGAUGACUUCUGGGGUGAAAUUGAAUUGCCAGAAUUGAUGAAUAGCGGGUUCAAUUGUAGCUCUUGUGUAUGGACUUAUGCUACGUCCGGCGAAUCCACGUGGCAGGAUGGAGAGGCUACUCUGCAGUUCAUGGCAUGUCUCUAGUUUGCAUGAAUGGAGCAAUUUCAGGGCUUUUGGCAGGCAUGUAAAUUUUCAUAUGCAGUUUCAGGCGGUUCUAUAUGUACUUUUGCAGUAUCUGUUAAUCGUUGUUAUAUACUAAAAUAACAGUUUAAAACUUCGUCCUGUUAUUA